GUGUUAGCCUUUUCACGUCAAUAUUAGAAACGGGAAACUACACAAAGAAAGAAAAAAAAUACCUUAAAGUGAUAGAAAGCCAUUUUUAAUUUUCUUUCUCUCAACUUUCUACAAUUCCUUGCCUUUCUCUUUCUCUGUGAUUCUGAUGCUUCAUGCAGGAGCUCUUCUCAGAAUCACAGGGUCUAUACGUUCAUUCUUUUUCUCUCUUUCUCUCAGAAUUUAGCUAACAAUUACGGUUCCAUUUUGCUCAUCAUCAUCGUAGCUCUUUUUGGAAGGCUUGGAUUAGAUACAUUCUUUCAGUUAACAUCUUGGAUUCGUAUUAGAUUUAUUGCUGUGUUUUGUGUUGGUGUUGGUUUUGGUUGAGACCAAGUAAUGGCGCCAGAGCUUGCCUUGCCAUUCUCUGUUGUAUCUGUGGUCGAAGAUGUUCUUCAAAAGCAUGGAAGUCCUUUAAUCGACAUUGACUUGGCAUCAAGGAAGGCUGAAGAAGCUUCCUUAAGAAGGAACGAAGCGGCCGCGUGGCUGCAAAAGACAGUUGGAGGGAAAGACAUGCCAGGUGAGCCUACUGAAGAACAUUUCAGGAUUGCGUUGCGUAGUGGCAUUGUCCUUUGCAAUGCUCUUAACAAUAUUCAACCCGGAGCAGUGCCUAAGGUAGUCGAAGCCCCCAACGACAGUGUUAUUAUUCCUGAUGGGGCAGCUCUGUCUGCUUAUCAAUGCUUUGAAAAUGUAAGGAAUUUUCUAGUAACUGUGGAGGAAAUGGGGCUUCCCACAUUUGAAGUUUCUGAUUUGGAACAGGGAGGGAAAUCUUCGAGGAUAGUGAAUUGUGUUUUAGCACUUAAGUCUUACAGUGAAUGGAAAAUGGGAGGAAAAAUUGGAUCAUGGAAAUAUGGUGGGAAUCCAAAGCCACCUGCUCCCUCUGCAAAACCUAUUAUGUGGAAAAGCUCAGAACCAUUCAUGAGGUCUUUGUCAAGGGGUUUUUGGUUAGGCGAUAGAGAUGGUUUGCCGAGUGAUAAUUCUCCAAGCAGUGUUCUCAGUGAAGAGGGUUCUAUUCCCUCCUUGAAUUCACUAGUUCGCGAAAUUUUAUGUAAUAAGAAGCAAGAAGAGAUUCCCAUUGUGGUGGAGUCUCUACUUAGCAAUGUCAUGGAGGAGUUUGAACAACGCUUGCUAAUCCAACAAGAAACAUUCAAAACAACUCAAGAAGAUAAGGCACCACCUGAAGCAGAGGAUUCUAAUGUGGAAGCUGCUUGUGAUGAUGAAGAGCACAAUGGCGACGAAGAAUCAAUUGACCAGCCUUUGAAGCAGCAAAAGUUAUUUCAGCAGCAAAAUGAAAACGUUCAGGAAUUGAAAAUGAUGGUUCAUCAAACAAAAACAGGAAUUCAGGUUCUGCAACAUAAAUACGAGGAGGAUAUCAUCUAUCUAAGUAAGCACCUGCUUGGCCUAGCUUCUGCGGCUUCAGGAUAUCAGAAAAUUUUUGAAGAAAACCGCAAGUUAUAUAAUCAAUUGCAAGACCUGAAAGGAAAUAUUAGGGUGUACUGCAGAGUUCGACCCUCAACAAGUGGUCAAACAAACCAUCAUUGCCCUAUCAAUAACAUAGAUGGAGGAAGUAUGUCACUAAUAAUUCCUUCCAAAAAUGGGAAAGAUGGGAAGAAGACAUUUAAUUUCAACAAAGUGUUUGGUCCUUCUUCUACCCAAGGGGAGGUUUUCUCUGAUACACAACCACUGAUUCGUUCGGUUCUUGACGGCUACAAUGUGUGUAUAUUUGCUUAUGGCCAGACAGGAUCAGGAAAAACACACACUAUGUCUGGACCAGACAAUUAUACUGAGGAAACAGUAGGUGUCAACUACCGCGCACUGAGAGAUCUUUUCUUUCUCUCAGAGCAGAGGAAAGACAUCAUUCACUAUGAUAUAUCUGUUCAGAUGCUAGAGAUUUACAAUGAACAAGUCAGAGACCUAUUAACCACAGACAGUGCUAUAAAAAGAUAUCCUUUUUUAGAAAUUCGCAACAGUUCCCAUAAUGGCAUUAACGUGCCAGAUGCAAACCUGGUUCCUGUUUCAUCAACUUCCGAUGUCUUGAAUUUAAUGAACUUGGGACAAAAGAAUCGGGCAGUUAGUGCUACUGCCAUGAAUGAUCGGAGUAGUCGUUCUCAUAGCUGCUUGACAGUUCAUGUUCAAGGAAGAGAGCUUGCAUCAGGGAAUAGUCUUCGUGGUUGUAUCCACUUAGUUGACUUGGCAGGAAGUGAAAGGGUUGAUAAAUCUGAGGUCACAGGAGAUAGGCUGAAGGAGGCUCAACAUAUUAACAAGUCACUUUCUGCUUUAGGAGAUGUGAUUGCUUCCCUUGCCCAAAAGCAAUCACACGUUCCCUAUAGGAACAGUAAACUUACUCAGCUGCUUCAAGAUUCUCUUGGAGGCCAAGCAAAGACACUCAUGUUUGUUCAUGUUAGUCCGGAUGCAGAAGCCAUUGGAGAAACAAUUAGCACAUUGAAGUUUGCUGAAAGGGUCUCCACUGUUGAACUUGGUGCUGCACGAGUUAACAAAGAUAGUUCAGAGGUCAAAGAGCUCAAAGAACAGAUCGCUAGUCUGAAGGCAGCCUCAGCCAGGAAAGAUGGAGAAUUGGAACACUUUCAACAGUAUGCAAAUAGCAUUACUGAAACACCAAAGUUCAAACCUGAUUUGACUUCCUUUGCACGGUCACCUAGUUGGUCGCAUGGACCUCCUAGGCCACCAAGCAGAGAUGAUCCUAGUAGCAUGGAGGACAAGAAAAAGCCUACACCCAAGUUCAUGAAAAGGCGAAGCUUUGAUCCCAGGGACAUUUGUAGGAAAUCACCCCGUUGGCCACAUCAUGAAAGGGUAAAUGGAAAGGAGGAUGAUAAAGAAUCGAUUUCUGGGGAUUGUGUGAGUAAGAGUACAAAAAAGAAUGACCACAUUUUAACUACUGAUGAUAGCCUCGUAGGACGACAGUGUGAAACAGAAAGCAAACGUUCAUCUUCUGAUUCUUCUCCAAUGCUAAGUCCCACAAUUCUUUUAGACGUCCCUUCAAAAAUAUGCAUGGAGGUGGCCACCACAAAAUCAAAUGACUCUGAUGAGCUUGAGUUAGCAACUAGUGAAAGUUCAGAAUCAGACAAGAGUUGGCAAUCACAUGAUUCACAUGCACGUGCACCUAAAGCAACCUCUUUUCCCAACGGAUUAGUGUCUAAAACAAGAAAAUCAACUCUUAGACGACAAGCAGAAAACCAAGAAACCAGGAGUAUGAUCCCUUCAAUGUCUCCUACAUCAACAAGGAGACAAACCACCGUAGUUAGUCAGCUAAGAAAGCAUCCAGAUGCAAAGAGAAGUGGAAAUGCCAAAUGAGAAAGCUGCUCAAGUUAUAAGGUUUCUGUUUUCUUUCUCCACCGCCUUGGCUUUUUUGUUUUGGGUUUGUAUAUCUAUAUUCUAUGAUGUAGUUGCACAGAGAGAGGCUUCUUUUUUUUUUUUGUUUUUUGGUUUUUUCAUUAGAGGGUCAUUAAAAUAGUUGUCUGUGUUUCUCUGGUUGUGAGCAUGAGAUGCCACUCCAAACCAUCAUUUUAUACAAACCUGGUUUUUGUAUGGAAAAGAGAAGAAAACUCCCCCACCUCUAGUUUCCGGUGCCUUGUUACACCAGAACUAGGAGAUUGAAGGGGCUGAAAAUGCAAAGGAUAAUAAAGGAAAGGACAAGAAAGGGAAAAAGAAAAGAAAACAAAGACAGAGGCUGAUAAUUUUGUUUUUGU